ACCGGCCUCGGAACAGCGGCGGAACCUGAGGUCGCUUGCCCUCCCGCCCCAUGGAGCGGCCCCCAGGGCUGCGGCCGGGUGCGGGCGGGCCCUGGGAGAUGCGCGAGCGGCUGGGCACCGGCGGCUUCGGGAAUGUCUGCCUGUACCAGCAUCGGGAACUUGAUGUCAAAAUAGCAAUUAAGUCAUGUCGUGUAGAACUAAGUACCAAAAACAGAGAACGGUGGUGCCAUGAAAUCCAGAUCAUGAAGAAGUUGAACCAUGCCAAUGUUGUAAAGGCCUGUGAUGUACCUGAGGAGUUGAAUUUUUUAAUUAAUGAUGUUCCUCUUCUAGCAAUGGAAUACUGUUCUGGCGGAGAUCUCCGGAAGCUACUCAACAAACCAGAAAAUUGCUGUGGGCUUAAAGAAAGCCAGAUACUUUCUUUACUGAGUGAUAUAGGGUCUGGGAUCCGAUAUUUGCAUGAAAACAAAAUCAUACAUCGUGAUCUAAAACCUGAAAACAUAGUUCUUCAGGAUGUUGGUGGAAAGAUUAUGCAUAAAAUAAUUGAUCUGGGAUAUGCCAAAGAUGUUGAUCAAGGAAGUCUGUGUACGUCUUUUGUGGGAACACUGCAAUAUCUGGCCCCAGAGCUCUUUGAGAACAAGCCUUAUACAGCUACUGUUGAUUAUUGGAGCUUUGGGACCAUGGUGUUUGAAUGUAUUGCUGGAUAUAGGCCCUUUUUGCAUCAUCUGCAGCCAUUUACCUGGCAUGAGAAGAUUAAGAAGAAGGAUCCAAAAUGUAUAUUUGCAUGUGAAGAGAUGACAGGAGAAGUUCGGUUUAGUAGCCAUUUACCUCAACCAAAUAGCCUUUGUAGUUUAAUAGUAGAGCCCAUGGAAAACUGGCUUCAGUUGAUGCUGAAUUGGGAUCCUCAGCAAAGAGGAGGACCUGUUGAUCUCACUUUGAAGCAGCCAAGAUGUUUUCUAUUAAUGGAUCACAUUCUGAAUUUGAAGAUAGUACACAUCCUAAAUAUGACUUCUGCAAAGAUAAUUUCUUUUCUGUUACCACCUGAUGAAAGUCUUCACUCACUGCAGUCUCGUAUUGAGCGCGAAACUGGAAUAAGUACUGGUUCUCAAGAGCUUCUUUCGGAGACGGGAAUUUCUCUGGAUCCUCGGAAACCAGCCUCUCAAUGUGUUCUAGAUGGAGUUAGAGGCUGUGAUAGCUAUAUGGUAUAUUUGUUUGAUAAAAGUAAGACUGUAUAUGAAGGACCAUUUGCUUCCAGGAGUUUAUCUGACUGUGUAAAUUACAUUGUACGGGACAGCAAAAUACAACUUCCAAUUAUACAGCUACGUAAAGUAUGGGCUGAAGCAGUGCAUUAUGUGUCUGGGCUAAAAGAAGACUACAGCAGGCUCUUUCAGGGACAAAGAGCAGCAAUGUUAAGUCUUCUUAGAUAUAAUGCAAACCUGACAAAAAUGAAGAACACUUUGAUCUCAGCAUCUCAGCAACUGAAAGCCAAAUUGGAGUUUUUCCACAAAAGCAUUCAACUUGACUUGGAAAGAUACAGUGAGCAGAUGACUUACGGGAUAUCCUCAGAAAAAAUGUUAAAAGCAUGGAAGGAAAUGGAAGAAAAGGCUAUCCACUAUGCUGAGGUGGGUGUCAUUGGUUACCUGGAGGAUCAGAUCAUGUCCCUGCAUACUGAAAUCAUGGAGCUACAGAAGAGCCCUUAUGGAAGACGUCAGGGAGACUUGAUGGAAUCUCUGGAACAGCGUGCCAUUGAUCUGUAUAAGCAGUUAAAGCACAGACCUUCAGAUCACUCCUACAGCGACAGCACAGAAAUGGUGAAGAUCAUUGUUCAUACUGUUCAGAGUCAGGACCGGGUUCUCAAGGAGCUGUUUGGUCAUCUGAGCAAGUUAUUGGGCUGUAAGCAGAAGAUUAUUGAUCUACUGCCCAAGGUGGAAAUGGCCCUCAGUAACAUCAAAGAAGCUGACAAUACUGUCAUGUUUAUGCAGGGAAAGAGGCAGAAAGAAAUAUGGCAUCUCCUUAAAAUUGCCUGUACACAGAGUUCUGCCCGGUCCCUUGUAGGAUCCAGUCUAGAAGGUGCAGUAACCCCUCAGGCAUCAGCAUGGCUUCCCCCAACUUCAGCAGAACGUGAACAUCCCCUGUCAUGCGUGGUAACUCCUCAAGAUGGGGAGACUGUAGCACAAAUGAUAGAAGAAAAUUUGAACUGUCUUGGCCAUUUAAGCACUAUUAUUCAUGAAGCAAAUGAGGAACAGGGCAGUAGUAUGAUGAAUCUUGAUUGGAGUUGGUUAACAGAAUGACUUGCUACUUAUUCACUGUCCCCAAACCUAUGGAAGUUGUCGCAGCACGUGUUGGAAAUUUGUUUUUCUCCCAUGAAAUCAUUCUUCAGACACCAGCAAAUUGAAGAAAUGACUAUGAUCAGAAAAUAUGCAUGAUUUUACAAGGACAGUAUUUUCACUUUGGGUAAUUUUAAUCUCUGAAGAGACAGAAUCUUAAACGUUAGUGGACUUGUUUAAAUACAAUAGCUAUUUAAGCACAGCAAUCCAUUUGUUUUCAAAUUUGAUAAACCGUUUAACUGACUAAAAACAUCUUUUGUCAUUUAACUUUUGGGCAUAAGGCCAAAAGUGUGUGUGUGUGUGUGUGUGUGUGUGUGUGUGUGUGUGUAUGACUAACAUGCAUUCAAGGUAAAAGUUGUUUGCCUUUGUUUCUGUGGAAGAGACUGCUCACAAGUAAAACUGUACUUCAUGAAGAUUAAACUCUACCUCCUUGUGUUGCAUUCAAAAAAUGCUCUUCCUGGCAUCAUAAGGAGUUAACUUAAUCUUAAUAGUUUCAUUUUUACUGCGCAUUUGACAGUAUCCUUUUUUUCUUUUUUUUUAAUGUUUAUUUUUGAGAGAGACACAGAGC